AAUUCCGACAUCGCGUGCUGCUAAUUAUCGAGACUUUGACAAAAUAACAUACAAAAAUAUGAGAUACUACACUAUCUCUCGAGGAAACAUUACCGUCACCGUUACGACUCAGGAUGAAGCAAGCGGCGACGACUUAUCCGACCGAGAUACUCGGAGCAGUCGAGCGACGACCGUCAUUGGAAAUUGUUUCGUUCGUUUCGUCAAGAACACACCGUUAAGGUUCCUUGCUUAUUUCCCAUUUUAACGAAUAUUCGAGUUGGUUGGUAUUCUAACGACAUGUCAAAAAAUACCAAUUGUACCGUCUGUCGACCGGGCUAUCCUAGUCCGAAAAUGGCGAUGUUGGAAGGACCGCGUGAAAAAAUUAUGUACGUCAUUUGUGUACAUACGGAUCCCGAAAAGCCAGAUGUCCUUUCUACGGUCGAUAUAGAUCCUGAAAGUCCUACUUAUUGUAAAAUAAUACACAAACUGAGAAUGUUAAACGUCGGAGACGAACUCCAUCAUUCCGGUUGGAACAUAUGCAGCAGUUGUCACGAAUUACCGCGCGCGCGGGACGUACUGAUAUUACCGUGUCUUAUGUCGGACAGGGUUUACUUCGUUGAUACGAGUAACGAGAGAUUGCCAAAAAUAAAGAAGGUUUUGGAGCCGAAGGAGAUGCAUAAAUACGGCUUAUCGACGCCGCACACUUCGCAUUGCGCCCCGACAGGCGAAAUAAUCAUCUCUACGAUGGGUAAACCUAACGGCGACGGACAGGGAGAAUUUCUCUGUAUAGAUAGCGAAACGCUGGAAACGAAGGGCUCGUGGAUCAAAGAGGGAAAUAGAGCAGCAUUCGGCUACGAUUUCUGGUAUCAGCCCUAUCACGAUACGCUCAUAGCUACCGAAUGGGGCACGCCGAGGAUUUUUAAGAAGGGCUACGCUCCCGAUCACCCUACCGAUCCAACGAUUUAUGGUAGAAGUCUAAACAUUUACUCUUGGUCCGAACGAACAUUAAAACAAACCAUUUGUCUUGGCGACGACGGCAUUACACCCCUCGAAAUAAGAUUUCUUCACGAUCCCAAGGCAGCGGAGGGCUACGUCGGAUGUGCCGUCUCCUCGAGCAUCUAUAGAUUUUACAAGACGAGCAAGGGCGAUUGGGAUACCGAGAAAGUGAUCGAGAUACCUCGAAAAAAAGUUGAAGGAUGGAUCGAACCUUAUAUGUCCGGAAUGAUCACGGACAUACUGCUAAGUUUAGAUGACAAGUACUUGUAUUUCUCCAACUGGUUGCACGGCGACGUCAGGCAGUACGACAUAACCGAUCGUCGAAAUCCAAAAUUAACUGGACAACUCUUCCUUGGUGGAUCCCUAUUGAACGAUUCGAAAAUUCGCGUCUUGGAAGACGCCGAAUCGAAGAGUCAACCGGAUCCCGUAUAUGUGAAAGGACGUAGAUUAUACGGUUCGCCGCAAAUGUUGCAGCUUAGUCUCGACGGACGUCGACUCUAUGUAACGACGUCCAUUUUCAAGCCCUGGGAUAAGCAAUUCUACCCCGAACUCGUUGAGCACGGAUCGACGAUGGUCAAACUUGACGUCAACGUCGAAAAUGGAGGCAUGACGUUGGAUGAAGAAUUUUUGGUUGACUUUGGGUUGGAUAAAGAUGAUAUCUUAUUGGCUCAUGAAAUGCGAUACCCUGGUGGUGAUUGCACAUCUGACAUAUGGUUACCGGAAAAACAAUGAUAAUAUACGUUUAUCAUUUGCAGAAGAAUAUUCUUUGAUCUCAUAGGUAUUUGCUAUAUAUGUAAAUACUUGCACAUAAUAUUACUUCGAUAUAUUUUCUUUCCUACUUAUAUGCGUAUAUAGAAAUAUAAUUUUUAUUUUCAAACUA